AUGGACUCGGAAAAAGAUGCUCCGGUGCCCGCCCAUCAGGAGGAAGUCGAGGUGCAAGUCGCCGUCCAAGUGAACAAAGAGGAUCAUGAGAUGUCCAAAUGGCAGGUCAUUAGGCGCUACCCACAGCCUUUUUUCUGGUCUGUCUACGCCAUUUGGACUAUCCUCCUUGUGAGUUUCGAUAAUCAAGCGUCGGGGAUCGUCUUUGGGAUCCCCCAAUUUCGAAAGGACUUCGGCUACUAUUACGACGGGAACUACGUCCUGGACGCAAAGUGGCAGUCUGCCUUUAGUGGUGCACCCUUGGCAUCGAAUCUCGUAAGCUCCCUUAUUGCUGGUCAAGUCUCGGACAAAAUUGGCCGACGAUACACUAUUGUGAUUGCCCUGAUCAUCUCAUUUGCUGCGGUCACCUUAGAGGUGGUCGCCGAUACGAACGAACUGUUCUUCGGAGGCAAGUUAUUAAAUGGUUUUGCAACCGGCACUCUGGCAUCUGUCUGCAUAACUUACAUUGGAGAGAUCAGCCCGCUCGCUUUACGCGGUUUGCUGACAUGCAUGAGCGCGCUCUCUUACACCCUUGGUCCUCUUAUCGUGGCGUUUAUUAUCAAUACCACGGGAACGUACACGAAUCAUUGGGCAUACCGAUCCCUCUUCUGUGCGCAAUACGGCUUUUCUGUCGUCUCUUUCAUCCUUGUCUGGUUUAUGCCCGAGUCACCCUGGUGGUUAGCAUCUAGAGACCGCGAUGAUAAGGCUCUCAAGAGUUUACAACGUCUUGGCUAUCGUGGGGGGGAAGAUAGCAGGCGUCUCUCUCUUAUCAAGCUCACAUUGGAGGAGAUUCGCCGAGAAACAGAGAGUGUGAGUUAUUUUGAGUGCUUCAGGAACUCGAACCUGCGUCGCACCAUCAUCUCCAUUGCACCACUCUCGAUUCAGUCUCUAGCUGGAGUGGUUUUCGUGGCGUCAUAUACGAUCUACUACAUUCAACUUGGGGGUUUCAGUGAUUCCAUGUCCUUCAAACUUCAGAUCACCCAACAGGUUUGUUCCACGAUUGGGAAUAUCAUGUCAUGGUUCGUGAUCGACUCGGUAGGACGACGUAACCUGACACUCUGGGGUUCGAUCAGCCUCAUGGUUAUUCUCAUGGUGUGUGGUGGCUGUGCAGCUGUGGGGAGUGUCGGUACUACCAAGGCCGCGGUUGCCUUGCUUCUUUUAUACUGCUGGCUUUAUAAUCUUACGAUCGGUGCUACUGCCUUCACCAUACUGUGUGAAGUUCCCACGUCGCGUCUACGUGUGAAGACUAUUGCAAUUGGGAUAUCCCUUCAAAACUGCCUAAACCUUAUGUGGUCAUUUGUUAUGCCCUACUUAUUCAACCCAGACAAGGCUAAUCUUGGUGCGAAGGUUACAUUCAUAUUUGGCGGUCUCUCUGUCUUCUGUGUCAUCUAUCUCUGGGUGUAUCAGCCUGAGACUUCCCACCGAUCAUACGAGGAACUCGACGAGAUGUUCAUGGAUAAAAUUCCAGCUAGGAAGUUCAAGGGAUAUAUGACCCACGUAGAGAUGAGAGGUGAAAUAGGGAAAGAAGUGGGUUCGUAA